AAUUCUUUAUUCAUUGGUAAAUGUAAUUUCACUGCACUUUUGCCAGGAUUCUUGGGUCCAACACAAUUUUUUCUUUCUUUUGGCGGAAUUGUCGGACACGCUACGCAAGUUGGAUGGAGACGGGAGCAGGUAAAAACCUAUCCCUCUUUACAAAUCCAUUCUAGAGAAUUACUCUCAUUAACAAUUCUCAAAAGGAAGACGAUGAUGACUUCCAGUCCACCGACUCAGGCACUCAGCCAGCUCCGGCAACGGCUUUAUCAUGGGCUUCUUCGCCUUCUGCUGCCGGGUAUCGAGCCCCAGCGCAUCCGACACCUCCUCGGAGCUCCACCCGCGUUUUUGGAGUGCAUCAGAUAACAUAUCCGCUUUUAGCGUCGGGAAUCGAGCCCCACUGCACUUUUUGAAGUUAGAGUAGUUGGACCGGCUGGUGUGCUUGAAGGCAGCCCUGCCGGAGAUUGUCUUUUUCCUGUUUUUUGGGUUGUCCCAUUUUCCGAUCCUGCCUAACUACCUUUUCUCUACCACCUUUUGAUGCCAUCACAGAGAACUUAGGCGCGACAGUGCUUGAGCUGAGGGAAGAGCCAUGGCGUUGAGGUGCAAACAUGUGCUGAUGGGAUCUGUUUCAGAUUUUAAGUCUGGGGUGAAGCAUGGCCUUGGUUGUUACCAUUUCAGUGGAGCUGCUCUAUCAAGGAGGGAGCUCAACUUCUGGACAUCCAUUCUGGCACUUCGUGUAAAUAGGAAAAGUCUCGGGUCUAAUAAUAUAACACUUAAAUACAGGGGAACCUUUACGAUCGGGAAUACAUAUGGAAUCGACGGCAAGUUCGUGGUUGUUGACCGACCAGAGAAGGUAGGAUUAAACUUGAUGAUAAGUUUAAGGAAGAUCCUAAAUUGUACUCCUUGUGGGAUGAUUGCAGCUCUGGGGAAAGACGGGUUGGCACAUAUUGCUGCACCAAAUCCUAAAUUUCCAUGCCAUGAGGAAUCUUACAACCCUUCUCCAGAAUACAUCCCAACAGCAGAAGAAAUAAACUCUUACAAGUUCAUGUUUGAGGAAGACCGACCUAAGUUUAUUCAGAAACAGUACCCACAU